AUGUGUAAUCUACGAUCAAACUUUAUAUUAUGCGACGUGUGCAGUUCUGAAUCUCGUGAAGAUUUUUAUCUAUUAUUAUUAACAAGACUCAAGGACGAAUGUGAUGAUUAUUUUGGUUUUGAAGCAAAAUGUAUCGAUAUGCAGGAUGUAAUAGAUCACUAUACUGUUCCGGAUGAUCCAGUUAUAAUAUUCGAUCAAAAUGUUCAUCAAAUCGAUAAUAAUUCUAAGCAACUUCUUGAAAAUUAUACUGGUAUCUCUGUUGAUGAAGCGGUUCCUAUUAUGGUGGCGGGGGAUGGUGAUUGUUUGUUCCAUUCAUUAAGAACGCUUUAUCCAACAAUGAGCAUAGACGAACUUCGUGCUCGAGCUAUCGUUGAAUUAUGUAGUAAUAAAUACUAUUACGAAACUGUAAAAUCUGAAAUGAAUUUGGAACUCGUUGAUGAUGAGUCUGUUCAAAGUCAUGUUUUAAGAAUUGCCAAUAGCCAAGAAUAUAGCGGUGUAUUGACGAUUGCAGCAUUAUCUACAGUUACAGGACGAGCGAUAGAGUCAAUAUAUCCAAGCGUCAACGAAAACGACCGAUACUAUGAACUGCUAAACAACGUUUUUAUUCCACGAAACAAACCAUCAUCAUUAUCCACAAUGCCAUUACGUAUAAUGUGGACAGGUCCUAAGCAAGGAUCUGAUCGUAUGUGGGUACCGAAUCAUUUUGUUCCUUUACUUUCUGUUCGUCAAUCGAACUCUUCAAUCGAGACGAUACCUACUAUUGUAGGCAUGGACAAUGAUGAGGAUAUGCACGUUGAAUACGCUAAAGCUUCAUCGCGAAUAGUUUCACGAACAAAUAAUUCAAAAACAAACCAUACAAGUCAAAUCGAAGAUGAAAAAGAAAACAAUUCUGAAAUAAGAAACGAUAUUUCCAUCUUUGAUAAAAGACAGAUCUUUCUUGAAGCACCAGCAAUUAUUCAGCGUAUGAUUCAGGCUGUCAAAGAAGAUGAAAUAUUUGAACUUCCUCCCAAGAUAGUUACACAUUCGUCUAUGUUUAAUGUAAAACUUACUAAAGAAAAUCGACUAUCUAUUGGAAAAGAUGGUAACGGGAUAUGGACGAAAAUGAGAUCAGUAAAAACUAUGUUUAUAUUCAAGGAGCCCGAUAAAUAUCAAAUUGUACGUCAGGACGAUAAGGGCACGCUAUUCUAUAACGAGAGGGUUGGUAAUCAUUAUAUUGCGUGUCCCGUUAACCCGAAUCAAGUCAUUACCAUGCAUCGAUAUUAUGCUACAAAUGCAACAAACUCAUCAUUUCGUCGAAUGAUAGCUUAUAUAGACCAAAUGUCGGUCGGAGAUGAUUCGAAUAAGCUGAAUCUUCCUAUAUUCUUACAAUAUGUAACUGGAAAUCAGUAUUCCACUGAAAAUCUUCGACUAAAACCACAUGGCAAUGCAACAAAAUUUGAUCGUUCGUUUACAUCUACUUUACCUUCAGUCCUUGGUCAAAUUCAAGCGCAACCACGAUUUCUUAAACCUUCAACUAUAUAUAAUGCUUCAAUUCGUAAUGUUGAAGAAGCUUCCCUACCUGCGAUAACAACAGUUCGUGAUCGUAAACAAGUAUACAACGCUCGACAAAAAAACGAGUCAAGUGUUGAAGAAUAUAUGUCUAUUAUGAGAAGACUUGAAGAUACUAAAAGUACUGUUGCUCGUAUUUCAAUGAGUCGAGGAGAAGCACCAGUCUUACUGCUGUCUCAAUCGCAUAUGAUUAAAGAGUUAAAACGCUGUUGUCUUAAUUCCUCAGAGCACAUUCAAUCAUCAGUUUUGUGCAUUGAUACGACAUUUAAUCUUGGUCGGUUUUUCGUCACCCCAAUAGCAUAUCGAAAUAUAGCUGUUCAAUAUAGAAAAACUAAGAAAGCACCAAUUUUUAUCGGUCCCAUAAUGAUCCAUUAUCGAGAUGAUACACAAUCGUAUCAGGAGCUCUUGACUUAUGUACAUCAAGAACUAAAAAACUGUGAUACAGUUGUGAUUGGAAGUGAUGGUGCAAAAGCAAUUAAAAAGGCAGUGGAGAAUGUCUUUCCUCAUUCAACUCAUCUGUAUUGUACACGACAUGUGCGUCAGAAUAUUGAACGACAAUUAAUGAAGUACCGUACAACACUAGAAGAACGACGUGGUGUAUUGGAACGUAUUUUCGAUUCUUCUGAAUCUUUAAUUCAAUCAGAGACAGAGGAAGAAUUUCAAGACAGAUUAUCAGAGUUAUCUGAAUACUGGAGAACAAUACAAAAUAGUGGUGAAACUCGUUCUAACGGGGUAACUGAUUUUUUUCAAUGGUUCAAUCAAUAUCAAGUUAAUAUCUUUCGUAAUCAUUUGAUUGCUGCAAUCCGUAUACCGAUUAAUUUUCUCGAUAGAAAUGGUUCCCCACGUUUAUUCUAUAAUAACGAUAUUGAGUCAAUGAAUUACGCCUUUAAAAAUCAAACAAAUUGGGAACAACGAUCAUUAUCCGAAAUUAUUGACAUUCUAUCAAAUUUAAUAACAGCGCAAAAAAAUGAAUCCAUCAGGGCACUUUACGAUUCUGGCGAACUAGAACUGGUUCCUCCUUUUUCGAGAUUUGUCUGUGAUUCACACAUAUGGUCUGCUAAAACACUCACAGAACGUAACCAAACGAUUGAAGAUUACUACAACUAUGUUCCUCCAGAUUCGAAACCAAAACGUAACCUUAAUAUUUCUCAAAAAGCUGGGAGAAAACCAGGUCGAUCUAAAGUUCGUGGUUCAUCAACAACCACACGGAAGAAAAAAUAA